CAUGACGAACUCCCAAACUAGCCUCUCCCUUCCUCAACGCUUUCAGUCUGCCCUCACAUUAUGCGCCUGCGUACUACUAUCUAGGGGCUCCAGAAUAGGGAGAAUCGGUGGGAGUUAGCAAGCUGUGUAAUGGCGGCCUCGGUGUUGCUGUCUGCGGAGAACACCGGACUUACUUUUGCGGUCGGCAAUUCUGGAACUGUAGGGGCUCCCGGGAAUGGAGUAGGGGUACCGGUUCCUGUACCUUGGAAUCGGUCACUGGACAGGGCAUUAUACGAAGCCUCGGCAACUGGUUGCCUCAACCUCAGCGGCAGGAAACUGAAGGAGUUCCCGAGGAGCGCCGCAAACCACGACCUCACAGACACAACUCGGGCCGACCUGUCCCGUAACCGUCUGCCAGAGCUGCCCGUGGAGGUGUGUAUGUUUGUCUCUUUGGAACACCUGCAUCUCUACCAGAACUGCCUGCGCUCGCUGCCUGAGAGUCUUCUCAAUCUCCAGGCCCUCACCUACCUGAACAUAAGUCGGAACCAGUUGUCGACCCUGCCCAGCCCGGUGUGCAGUCUGCCGUUGAAGGUCCUGAUCGCUUGUAACAACAAGCUGAUCUCCCUUCCCGAAGAGCUGGGCCAACUACGACAGCUCACAGAACUGGACGUGAGUUGUAAUGAUAUCCAGACACUCCCUCCUCAGGUUGGUCGACUGGACUCGCUGCGAGACCUCAACAUCCGCCGCAACCACCUGGCCCGCUUGCCCCCAGAGCUGGCUGCGUUGCCAUUGGUGCGUCUGGACUUUUCUUGUAACAAGGUGACAUCCAUCCCUGUGUGUUACCGCAACCUGCGUCACCUACAGAGCAUCGUGCUGGACAACAACCCCCUACAGAACCCACCCGCACAGAUUUGUAUAAAGGGGAUGAUCCAUAUAUUUAAGUAUCUGAACAAUGAGGCUAGCAAGACUACACCUGAGCUCCCAGACUACGACAGGAGACCCCUUGCCUUCGGAUCCUGUGUGGAGGAGCUGUACCCUGGCCGGCCGUACGGAGCGUUGGACUCUGGCUUCAACAGCGUGGACAGUGGAGACAAGAGAUGGUCAGGCAACGAGCCCACGGAUGAGUUGUCGGACCUGCCACUGCGUGUGGCAGAGAUCACCAAAGAACAGAGACAGCGGAGGGAGAGGGAGGAGCACAGGACGUCUGGCUCCCAUCCUGUUACCAACGGCACAUUAGAGGCAGAGCUGGAGCAGAUAGACUUUAUAGACAGUUGUACAGGAGAGGAGGAGGAGGCCCAGUUGUAUAGGAGAGGAGGAGGAGGAGAAGUAGCAGAAACAAUCAGCCUCAGUUCCCAGUUCAUGGCUUACAUUGAGCGCCGUGUCACCAGAGAGGGCUCUCCAGUCAAGUCCAACUCCUCCAGAGACUCUAGGACAGAUGACCCGAGGCGACACAAUUCUCUGCAGAACCGGACGGCCCAUGAUCCAGACUCUUCUGCCUCUCAUAAUCAGAGAGGGUCAGGGGCUGGGGUUGGUGCGGGUCCGAGCGGGGCACCAGGUGGGGGCGUGGAGCGCGUGCGGAGGAUGGCCCAGUUGGCCGCCCUGCGGUACGAGGAGGAGAGGCAGAAGUCACGCUCAGUGCAGCGGGACGCCGUCAUGACCUACGUCAAGCACAAAGCAUCUCAAAGCCCUACCAAGCUGAGUCCCACAGAGAACGAGAACACGUACCCCUCCAGGCGUUCUACCCACACGGACGACUCGGCCCUCUUCAUGAGCGAGUCCCAGCCUCGCAUGGUGUUUGAGGUAGACACUGACACCAACACUAUAAAGAGGAGGCCUGGCACUCACAAGCAGUCUCUUUCCGGGUCUGGGAUGUCCAUAGAUAUCGUCCCCACGUGUCUACUGCAGCAGGGCGAGGAUCGCUGCUCCUCCCUGUCUCCCACGGCCCUCCAAUCACCUUCUUACCCCGGCCCUAUUGCCCCGCCCUCCUGCCAGGGGCCCGCCCAGCGGCCAGACAGCUUCUUGUUUCGCCUCAGCCAGAAGGAAGAGCAGAGGAGAGGUGAUGGUGCCGCCCCCAGGCCAGAGCCUGAAGAGGUGACCCCUACCCAGCCUCAAGGCCCCAUGGGAGAGGAGGCUGCUCUGGUGGAGCAACUGCGGAAGAACAUAGAGUCGCGUCUGAAAGUGUCCUUGCCCAGCGACCUGGGAGCAGCACUGACCGACGGGGUCGUCCUCUGCCAUCUGGCUAAUCAUGUGCGGCCGCGAUCCGUACCCAGCAUCCAUGUGCCCUCCCCUGCUGUGCCCAAACUGACGAUGGCCAAGUGUCGGCGGAAUGUGGAGAACUUUCUGGAGGCGUGUCGCAGGAUCGGGGUUCCACAGACCCAGCUGUGCCUGCCCCUCCACAUCCUGGAGGAGAGAGGGCUCCCCCUGGUGGCCGGGACGGUGCGUGCACUCCUGGAGCUGGCCCUGCCCAAAUACACAACCUCCCCUGCCACCACCACUAACCCUCUGGCCAUGUAGGGCAGCAGAGUUCCACACUCACUCAUGGAUGGACAGACACAGGACCCACCCUCUCGCUCUCCGAAUGUACAUUAUAUGCCCCCCCCGGCCCCUCAACCAUACAGGGUCACCCAGCCUUCCCAGACAGGUCUUCCCCAAUGAAGAGAGAUGAGGGAGCACAAGUAUGUCAAAGAAAGGGAUGACUGUCUCUUCCACUGUGUCCUCACACAGACUGCUUACGACUUGCAGCCUCUAAAGACUGACGGACGAACAGAUGAACAACUGAGAUUGUCCCAGACAAACGGUCAGUUGGACGGCGAGUAAGAGGGUUUUUUAUUUUCUAUUACUAGUCAUUCUCUCUCCAUCCUCCUCUUAUCUAUGUUCAGUAGGGGUUGUUUUAUUUUCUAUUAUUAUUAUUAUUAUUUUAUCUUAUUUUUCAUAUUCCUUUUACUUUCACAUGUUAGAUCCUUGCAUGUCAGAGGGGUUGGGUGGGUGUAUGGGGAAGGGUUAGGAGACUAGCAAGUUGUCGGUUGCCUAAGUAACCUUUAAGGUCAUGUGCUACAAAGAGCAACAAUAACGGUGGUGGUCUGUCGUCAUGGGAACAUUGAUGCUGCCAACACUUAAAAUGGCUGUUAUUAAAUGAACGUGUCUUUUUUUUGUUUUGUUAUGUGGUCAAAUCACGAGCUGGCUGAAUCAAAACCAAUGCUGGAUUAGAGAGGGAAAGGGCGCUCCGGGAAUCUCUACGCUUUAUACUUUCUCAAAAUGUGUACAAAACAUUACGAACACCUUCCUAAUAUUCAGUUGCACCCCUUUUUGCCCUUAGAACAGUCUCAAUUCGCCAGGGCCUGGACUGACAAGGUGUCGAAAGCAUUCUACAGGGAUGCUGGCCCAUGUUGACUCCAAUGCUUCCCACAGUUGUCAAGUUGGCCGGAUGUCCUUUGGGUGGUAAACCAUUAUUGAUACACACUGGAAACUGUAGUGUAAAAAACCCAGCAUAGUUGCAGUUCUUGACAUAAACCGGUGAGCCUGGCACCUACUACCAUACCCCGUUCAAAGGCACUUAAAUAUCUUCUUGCCCAUUCACCCUCUGAAUGGCACACAUACACAAUCCAUGUCUCAAUUGUCUUAAAUCUCCUUCUUUAACCUGUCUCCUCGCCUUCAUCUACACUGAUUGAAGUGGAUUUAAUAAAGGAUCAGCUUUCACCUGGUCAGUUUGUCAUGGAAAAAGCAGGUUUUCUUAAUGUUUUGUACCCUCAGGGUCAUUAUACAGAAGUGGUGUAAACUGGGACAAGAAAAUAAAUCACAUUUGUAUCCUAUUUUCCCCCAACUUUCAGCACACGUCUUCCAACAUAUUUCAGGUAGACAUAUAUAUACUACUCACACACUUUGUUUGUAUUGCAUAUUUUAAAUAUUUAUCUGAAUUUACCUUACACCCCCCCAAAAAAAAGUGUUAUUCCGAAACAUAGUGAAAAAGUUGCAAUAAAGGAAGAACCAUG